ACCACGCCUGCGCAGUAACUCGUGGCGCCUCAUCCUCAGCAUUGUAGUGUAGAGCAGCGGCGGUGAGUUCCCUCUGGAGCCACUUUAAAGGUUACAAAGUGGACUUUGUGGAGUUCUAAGUUACUUUGAAGCAGGUCAGUGUGUUUGUAGUUGUUAUCAGCGUGUCCGGCUGCUUCUAUGUGUUUGUAGGAGCUGUUUAAAGCCGAGUUCAGUCGCUGUUAUCAACUAUAUCUGCAGCAGGGUCUCUGUGGGGUCAAAGUUCAGCUAACAGGAGCAAUGGCAGCUUUGUGUCAGCAGCGCCGGGCCUUGGUGGAGAUCCCUGCUCCACAGCCUAAAACAGCAGCUCGGAUGAGGAGGUCCUACCUGGAGAUCUUAAGUGCUCGUUUGACUCCAUCUGCACUUCCAAGAGGGAGGAACUCCUCUGCUAACACAAGGCGUGCUCAUUCAUUGGACUUGUCCAUCGGUGGGGUCUGGACCAGGAGGAUAGAAGAGCAGUGUGAGAAGAUGGACGAGCACCCGACCCCCCUUUCCAAACAGCAGCUUGUGCAGCUCAUCAGAUCCCUCAUCUUAGUGGAACAGAGCCAAGAGCCGAGGAUCCUGGCAGCAGACUUGAAGUAUCUCCAAGAAGACCUGCAGCUGAAGAAGACUAAUAUUUACAGGUCCAUACCGUACUCACGAUUCGGCUCCAACAGGGACGCUCACUGCUACAGGAAGGCGUACCCACACCUGGUGGCGUUCAAAGUGUCCUGUCAGGAGUGGGGCCAAGUCCUCCUGAGGAACAAAGAGUGGGACGCCGCGCUGGAGCACGCCCUGACGGCGUGGCGCUACACCAGCGAGCUGCCACAGUGGGACACGGCGAGCCACAAUGCUCUGCGGGAACAAUGUUACAGCAUCCUGGCAGCGCACGGUCUCACCGCGCUGCAGCACUACCAGCCUGAAGCGAGGAGAGGACGGGAGCUGCUCAGGAGGUUAAAGACGGCUCAGCUGCACAGCCCGUCAGUCGCGCCCUGCAUCCAGGAGCUGCAGAGGAUCAUGGGAUGUGUGGACGACUCCUCCAUGGACACAAAAUGACACUUUUAGACAUGUUUGUUUGUUUGGAGGUUUUCCAAAGAGCAGGGUAGACACUUGAGACGCUGGAGCUUUAAAGAGGGAAUCAAAUCCACCUUUUUUUAAUGUUUGACGAACGCCAAAAUCCUCUCGCUGCAGCUUCACAUGAACUUGAAGAACUGUUCUCGAGGACUGGAACGUCCUCAUUAAGAGCUGGGACUACAAACGUAUAUUUGUGUGACAUUAUGUUGAAUAAGUUUGAAUAUAAACAUCGGGGGUGUGUUGGAUAUGAAAUGUUGCUUUAAAGGGUGUGUAUGUGUGUGUGUGUGUUACUGUCCACAACACUUGAAACCUCAGCCUCUGUCUCAGUCCUAUUUUAUAUGCAUGUUUUUGUCUCUGAUUGCACUGCACAUGUUUGUCCUGAAAACUUGAACAUUUUGAUAAAAUAGACUCUAAAUUUCAAUAAAGUUGUUACUUUUUACUGA